UUGCUAUGCCGCUAACUCCUUUAUCAGAAAGUGAUUCGCCUCUUCACACAUUUGGGGAUACGUAUAUUAAUCCCUUUGAAAUUUCAUCAGAUAUUCCAACAGAUCAUCAUACGAUAAUAGAGCCUGAUGAUGUAGACCUUUCGUCACCUUAUGCUCGUGUAUCGUCUAACAAGCCCAAAAGUGCACCAAAAUCGACAACCAUUAAUAUAACUCCACAACCUUCAGUGACAGGGACGAUCGGUUAUAGUCCCAGACGUUUUGCUGCAGAUACUCUUGAUGAGCCAGUAUCGGAAACUAUUAACGUAUUUUCAAUAUUAUUUGAAAGGGGAUUUAUGGGGCCCAUUAAUUCUUUGUCUGGCGCUGGCCUUGUAAUGGAUCAAGUUGGAAUCAAAAACAAAGAAGUAAUCAAUAGUGUAAAAAAUUCUCUAGAAAAGCAAGCAAGGGUGAUAUCGGUUGCAAUUAAUGAAACGAAAGAUGUAGUUAAUGCAUUAACUCGUCAGAUAAAAAUACUACAGGAAGAAAUUAAAGAAUUUCAAGAAGAAAUUAGAAAAUUACAAGAAAACCAAAGAGAACCGCAAGAAGAACUAAAAAUUGCGGCAACAUUAAAAGAGAUUAUAAAAAGACUAGAAACUGUUGUAGAAGCACUAAGAGAGAUUGUAAAAAGACUAGAAAUGAUUGUAGAAGCACAAGAAGACAAGAAAAAUCGUAAAAGCACUACAAAUAACAUUAAUGGCAACGCAAAUACAGCAAGUGAAGAUAGAGUUAACGAAGAUGAAAUGAGUAGUGAAGAUGAGGAACCCAAGUUUGUAGUAGAUUAUAAAUUAUUUGUUAAAACAGCAGACGAAAAUUCACUACCCACUAAAUGGUUUAAAGAAACUGUAUCUACAGUCGAUGAAUUUCUUUUAUCCAUUCAUAAUAAAAUUCUUAUAGUAACUAAGGAUAAUACCAUUAUGCCAAAUGAUUACUCUGUAAUAUUCAAAACGCAAAGAGAAACAGGUGCCGGUACUCAGUUGGCCGAUGAACAAGAUUUUAUCAAGUUCAAAUCUGAAUAUAUAAAGUUAGUUGCUAGAAAAAAUACUGAAAAACCAAAAAAAUUUAAAAAUAAUAAUCGAGUUCCAGGUGUAUCAUCUUUAUCAUCACAUGAUAAAGAAAUCGCUGAAAAUGUUUUAAAAAUUAGGAAUGAAUACCAUUGUAAUAACAAAGAACUGGCUACAAUCAAAAAUCCUCCUACGCAUCCUCUUUUUUUCUAUGCCAGUAUAUCAUCCAAAAAGCCACGUUCAACAUUAUCCUCUCAUUUACUAUCACCACCGACUAUGUCACCAUCAGUUUUAUCAUCACUACCAUCAUUACAAGCACAAUCUAUACAACCACAACUAUCACAAAUACCACCUGAACGAUCACAAGUUUUGUCACCAUUUCCACCACAGCAAACACCAUUAGUUUUACCACCAUUGCUACUACAAUAUAAUUUGGCUUUCAGAUCCCAAGCAUUUCAAUUGCAUCAACCAUUAUUACCAACCCCAUAUAAUGUAUAUCAAACAUCACCCCAUAUUUCUAUGCAACCUCCAACUAUUCACCCUAACCCAUAUAUCUCUUCUACUUUACCUUCUAUGAAAGAGUUUUUAAAGGAAGUAGAUGAAAAAGAAGAAACUGUGUGUUAUUAUUAA